AUGACGGUUAGUGAUAAGAAAUUCAAUGAAAUGAUGACACAUAGUAAGAUACUUAAAACUCAAAUCACUGAACUACCUAACACUUUGAAACAGAGUACUAGUUCUACUUCUCUACCCUCUCAAGGGAUUGAACCUAAGAAACCGGACUAUUCUAUCACUACUAGGAAUGGUAAGAUCCUUGAAGAGAGUGUUUCUAGGAAGAGUCAAGAAGAUGAGAAGGUGAGUGAUUCAUUCAAUGAUGAUGAGCAUGAUGUGUCUUGCAAAAAGUGUGAGGUUUCUAAUGAGAAGGUCAAAAUCGGAGAGAGUGUGCAAAAUGAUGUGAUCAAACCCAAACUUCCCUAUCCACAAAAGUUCUUGAGGAGCAAGAUUGAUGAUCAAUUUGGAAGAUUUCUUGACAUCCUUACGGAAAUUCAUCUUUCUAUCCCUUUCACCGAUGCUUUAAAACAAAUGCAAAACUAUUCUAUGUUCCUUAAGGAAAUCUUGAGUGGAAAAAGAAAGUGUAAUGAGGUUGACUCGGUAAAGGUUGGGGAGUGUUGUAGUUCUCUUAUCCACAAUGACCUAUCUAAGAAGAUAAAAGAUCCGGGCAAUUUUUCAAUACCUUGCAACGUCAAUGGAAAAGUGUUUCAAAAUGAUCUUUGUGACCUUGGUUCUAGUGUUAGCAUAAUGUCGUAUUCCGUCUUUAAAAAGGUUAAACUAGGCGAGCUCCUCCCAACCAACAUGACCCUAUAA